AUGGCCGACAAACCACCCUCCGACAUCCCCAGAGCCUCAGACGACUUGCCUUUUCCCUUCAAUACUGGCUACUACGUCGCUGUCGAGAAUAUCGAUCAACAAAUCGACACGCGAAUCUACGACCUGUAUAACUCGAAUGACCCAGCCGACAGAGCCAGAAUCCAUAUCAACUUUGAAGUCAACUCUCGUUGGGAAACGAACGUGCGGCGUGUGCUUGGUAGCUCUUAG